GGCGCUUCGUCACCACUAGGCUGCCGUUGACUUUGCGGAAACUUUGCCCGGAGUUCUUCCAGAGUCAAACCAGCAGAAUGAGUUAAAACGCGACGUAAAGGCUCUUUCAGCGGACAAACCUUAUCAGCGCUCCCUCCCAGAUAAAUAACCCGCCUCUGUGCGCAGUCCCACUCAGAAAAGGAGGCCGAGUUUCCACUUUCCGCUCGGAGGAGACACACCCACGGAGCGGCAGACCGAGGAGUCGAUGGGAUGCAGAGAGGAGACAGACGGUGUGAUUGAAGCCGCCAUCAUUACCGUUUCAGAGGCUGCGACCUGAUGGAGGCAGCAGCCGCUCCCCAGUGAUCCCAGUCGCCAUGCCAACUUUUACAACCCUCAAAGCAAACAGGAGUCCUCAGAGAAGCUGCUGAGUCUACCAGCAUAUCAGCCGCCAUCUUGGUCUGCGGAACGACGGGAGGAAAGUAGACUGGAGGAAGAUGGUUCUCCGCUGGGAUCUCCUGAUGCUGGCUUUGCUGUUGAAGACCAGUCCAGUUCAUGGAUCCAGUUGUCCAGCAGCUGCCAUCUUGUCCCAGUUUCCCUCUGAGGUUCCCGCUAAUACCUACUGCUUGAACUUCUCUGGUUCUGCCUUCAGUGAGGUGCACUGGUCUGUGUUUACCAACGGCACCAACGUACAGACUCUAGAUCUCUCCAACUGCAACAUCAGCCUUAUUAACGUCAGCGGAAAGCAAGCUUCUUCACUGCGGAGAGUUUUCCUAAAUGGCAACAAACUGAGAGAGUUGCCAGAGCACUUCCUGGCAGGCCAGCCCAGUCUGACUGAGCUGGACCUGAGUCAGAACCAACUCCAGGAGAUUCCCAAAGGCUUCCUUCAGGACUCUGAUCGCCUCCAGAGCCUUGACCUGCAGGGGAACCAGCUGCGCUCUCUCCCUGGUGAUUUAUUCCAGAUUCCCAGUCUUCAUAAACUGGGGCUGGAUGGGAACCAGUGGGAAUGCUCCUGUUUGUUCCUGGAAGGGUUGGAGGCCGGCAGCCAGGCCAACAGGACGGACCGGCUGGAGGACCUCGUGGGGAACCUGACCUGCUUCUUUCCUCCACACCUCGCCGGCAGAACGGUGUGGUCGGUAAGCAUCAGCGACGUCUGUCACCUGGCCGGCCUUACGGCGCUCUUCAUCGUCCUGCCUCUCCUCAUCCUCUCUGCCUUGCUGCUCUGCUGGUGCUGUGGGAGGAAGAGGAAGAAAAAGGAAACGCUCACUUUCAGCUCCUCCAAAAAGAGGCCCCCCAACUUUGGCUGCAGCAACCGCAAACACCACGCCAAGCAGCAGGAUCCAGGCGUCGAGCCGAGCAGAGCUGCCGACUGCGGGAAGGAGGUGAUCCUGAAGAACCAGCUGCUGCUCCGCCCGGCUUCGGGUCUCCUAGGCAGCACCAGGGACAUCUACGAGGAGGUGGAGAUCAAGCUGAGCUCAGCAGAGUCUCUUCCCGGCUCCUCAGAGGGGAGGGAGGGCCCCCAGGAGCCCGAUGGGGCCAGCAAGACGGAGCUGGACACGGUCAGCGUGACAGAAGUGAUGAAAGACUCGGCAGACAGGGAGAAGGCCUACCUGACUCAGUCCACUGAGUACUACAGCCUUGUGCCGGGCAUUGAGCUGGAGGACUCAGACCAUGGGGAAUACGAGAAUGUAAAUAUGUCAUGACACUGAGAUACGUUGGAAGGUCACCUAUUAUGCUUCAAUGAACAGGUUAAGAUUGGUCUAAACUUGUUCACUACAUUUUUUUUUUUUUUGCUAAAAUCAUUCUUAGAUAAUGAGAUUUUAGUUUGGUCAGAUCCGCCAACCCAACGUUUACAAUCACAUGUGAAGAUGGCUGCAAAAAGAUGUGCAAUUAUACAACCGUAGAGCUUUGAAAAGCAUUAGUGUGGCCUCGUGCAUAACCAACAAAAAGGCAACAAGUGGUUUCUGGAUAGUAACUCGUUAACAAAACACUUGUUUUAUUUCAGCAGCCAUUGUACAGCGCAUACAGCAAUAAAACCAGCUGACCAAGAUGUCCUGGACCAUUUGGGUUUCUAAGUAACGACAUGGGCUUCACUGAGGUUGCUAGGUAACAGGCAGUGGCUUCUAUUUUGCGACUUUACAUUAGGAAGGUUUUUGCAACGUCUCAUUUUCCAAACACCAAAAUAUAUUAACUUAUUGCCAAAAAACAGUUUUGUUUUUUUAAUUGCUUGAGCUGUUUUUGGAAACAAUAGAGACCCAAAUGAAGGAAUAAAAACGCUUUUCCAGCAGCCAUUGUACAACGCAUAUAGUGGCAAAACCAGCUGACCAACCUGAGCUCAGCUUGGGUUGCUAGGUGACAAGCUGGGAUUCGUUGGGGUUGCUAGGUAACGGCGCAGUUCCCGUCGAUUGUAACUCAACAUUCGUAAGGUUUUUAAAACGACUCGUUUUUUAACAUUAACUUACAGCCAAAACAAAUGUCUGUUUUUAGAAGCAGUUGUGACCCAAAUGGAAGUAUAAAAAUGUGCAAAAAGUGAAUUUUGUAUAAUAGGACCCCUUUAAGUUAAUGCCAUAUUAACUUUGUAUUUUUAACAGAUUGAAACACAGUAAUGUACCUCUCACUAAUAUUUGGAUACCUCAGUCUCAGUGUGUAUUGUUAUCACACUUUUUAUGAAUUUCUAAUAUACAGGUUAGUUUCUCUGCACAGAAAUCUGUGAUAGCAAAUAUGUCAGAUUACAGUUUGAUUCAAAACACAGAUUUUUUUUAUCACAAUAAUAUUAUGCAUUUGUGUUUUACUGUUUUUAAUCAGUUUUUUUUUUGUAAUUACAGCCACUACAUUUCAAAGGAUGAAAUUUAGCUGCUGUGCUAAUUCCUGCAUAUUUAAAUUGCUGUAAAUCGAGGUAAAGUUAAUUAAUGUGCACUGUCCUAAUCAAAUGAAUACAUAAUAAAAAGAACAAUUAGAAAAGUCCUAUGAGGUUUUCAAACACCACUAUGAAACAUCAGUCAUGGUGGUGGUGGCAUCAUGCCUGGUUAGCUGGUAGCGGCGCUACUGCAUCACAUAAAUGAAGAAGAAGCUAACCUACCUUGAGCUCCUUUAACUUCAAAUCAACAGCUACAAGUUUGAAACAUGGAUGUAGUUGGCUGUAGCUACAGGGAAAUCUGAUUUUAAUUUCAAGAGAAAUCCAGCUAACAAUAACGCUUUAGCAUUAGCUUAAAAAUAUAGCUAUUCAGACAGAAACUCAGCAGCAAAGAAGAUGUUGUUCUAGUUGAAGCUAAUACAAAUGUUGUAAACUCUGUAAUAAAGAUGGAUAAAAACAUCAAGAUACGUUACUUAUUCCUGUUUAUGUACCAGCUAGCAUUAGCAGUGCAGCGCAGCUAGCUGAGCUACAGGUAGUUAUAAAAUGUCUGAGAUCAUUUGCUUUAAAACUGUUUCUCAUAGUGUUUGAGCAGAUGACAGCAAAUGUUUUCAGCACUCCUCAUUACAACAAUCAUUCUUUAUUAUGUAAUUUGAUAUUAAUUGGAAGAUUGAAGGAUGGCAGACUGAAAACUGACCUAAGAAAAUAUGUCAUCUCAACGAAUUGAUGUCACAGCAAACUGUAAAUGUUUUUUUUUACUGCAGCUUUAUCUUUAACAAUCUAAUUUAUCCAUUAAAAACCCAAAAUGAAAAGACGGUGCACUCUUUUACAAUCCUGGUCAUAUAUGAUAAAGUAGUAGGCUAUUAGAAAUAAAUAUUUUUAUUUUUUAAUAAUUUAACUCAGAUCGUGCUCUACUGAGAUAUACAUGUUUUUGGCUGUGUUUAAAUACUUUGACACCAUGUUGUUUUGUGCUUAAUUUAAAAAAAACUAAUUUGUCAGCAACUUUAAAGUUCAAUGAAGGACUACUGUUUACCAAACACAAACUAAUAUGCAGCAGCUCAGUUUUUCUAUUAUUUACAUUCUCAGCUGUAAAGAUUUUACUCUAUUUGCUCUAUAAAAUAAAAACAUUUUUG